AUGCAUCUCAUUCCCGAAAUUGUGGAAGAAAGAAACAAGCUCCCCGGUGGUGCGCGGCGUCCGCCUGGUGAGGCAGGUGAGGUAGGAGGCCAAUCUCAGCAGGGGAUCCUCGCCGCCGCAGGUGGGAGAGAGGAUGGUGUGGAGAUGUUUGCCAGUUUGCUGAGUGUCAGGCAAAUCCUCCUCUCUGAAUCCCAUGUGGACCCGGCUCUUGCGGCAGAUGUUGCAGGGGUCGAAGAAGUGAGUCUCGAAGUCGGAUGCGUCGGUCAGGAAGGCCUGGAGGGGGGAGUUGGAGGAGACGUCACAGCCGUACGGACAAUCUUGCCAGCCACCAUUGAGUUGAUCCCGAGAACACUGCGACUUUAG